AUGGCGGCGGCCUCGGCGGCGUCGAGGCGCCUCCGGGAGCUCCAGUCUCAGCAGGGAAACAAGACCUGCGUGGAUUGCUCCCAGAAGAAUCCGCAGUGGGCGUCCGUCUCGUAUGGCGUCUUCAUGUGCCUCGAGUGCUCCGGGAAGCAUCGGGGUCUCGGCGUUCACAUCAGCUUCGUCCGCUCCGUUACUAUGGAUUCUUGGUCCGAGAUCCAGCUGAAGAAAAUGGAGGCCGGGGGAAACGAGCGGCUCAACGCCUUCCUUGCUCAGUAUGGCGUGCCCAAACAGACCGAUAUCGUCGUUAAGUACAACACCGGCGCCGCGGGGGUCUACCGCGAUCGGAUACAGGCUCUCGCGGAGGGUCGCCCCUGGCGGGAUCCGCCUGUCGUUAAGGAGACGCUUUCAGGGGGAGGGGGAUCUGCAGCGAGGAAGCCCCCUCUGGGACAGACCUCUGCGAAGACUGGUGGGUGGGAUAGCUGGGAAGGCGAAGAUAUUCGCUCCACAGAUAUCAGGAGGAAUCAAUCCGUGGGGGAUUUCAGGUCUGGGGACGUUGGAGGAGGGAGGACUAGUUUGCAGCCUUCGAGGUCAAAAUCUACUGAGGACAUAUACACGAGAGCUCAGCUGGAGGCAUCAGCUGCAAACAAGGAUGAUUUCUUUGCUAGGAAGCUGGCGGAGAAUGAUUCUAGGCCAGAGGGCAUUCCGCCCUCGAAAGGGGGAAAGUAUGUGGGGUUUGGAUCAUCGCCAUCUCCAUCAUCGCAGCGGAACAAUUCACAGGGUGACAUCCUCAAAGAUACUGUGUCGGUUGUUUCUCAGGUAUCGAUGUGUUUAUGCGAUCAAAACUAGUCCUGAUAUGAACAGUAUGCAGUUGGUAUACGUGUCCCUCUUGGAAGAGUGAAAAUAUCACAUUUGCUACGUGGUGCGGGCUAAAAUGUAUUGCUCACAUCACGUUUCCUCUUUAAUCUCAUCAUAAAUUCUGUCCAGGUUCACCCUUGAUAAGUAUAAUGGUACUUAUUUGAUGAUCUUCUUUGCUAUAUCUAGCUAAUGGGUAAUCAAGUGUUUUACGCAUAAUCCUCUUGAGUGGGUUGUGAUGUCUGCGCUCCCUCAAAAUUGGUUUUUUUCGCACUAUGGCAGUUUACUAGAGUGCCUCUUUUUCAUCUCUGCAGAUUCGAGGAAUGUUUCUGUAUUUUUUUUUUAUACCCAUGCUCAUCUGGGUGUUUGAAGAAUGACAUCGUCUGUUUUUUCAGGGUUUGGGUCGGUUAUCCUUUGUUGCAGCUUCUGCCGCUCAAUCUGCUGCCAUUGUUGUCCAAGCAGGCACCAAGGAUCUAACUUCCAAGGUACUAAUCAGCUAUUCCACAUAUUCCAUUUUCAAUGAAAAAGCCCAUCUUCUAUAUGCAUAUGCGUGCUUUAUGAUACGAUGAAGAUGGUUGUUUCUUCAUAAUAUGGUGAGGAAAAUAAGUGUUAUUCAUUCUCUUUCUGCACGUCAGAUCCGAAGCAUGUGUUGCGGUAUCAGAUUAUCCCAGAGACUCUUACUGAGCAUCAUAUGGUUCUUGACCGUUGUGUUUGUUUUAAUUGUGAAUAUUUGCGUUCAUACCGACAGAAUCGAAGUACAAGGUCAUAUGCGUGGUUAUUUUUAUCAAUGAGUUUUUGGGAGUAAACAGAGCUGGAAAAUGCUGCGUGCAAUCAGUUUUUCUGCAUUCGGUAUUCAUUUCACAUAUAUAUCAACAACUGUUAGUUUUUAGCAUUGCUAAAAAGCCUUUGGAAUAUUCAGUCUCAUUUUUCAGCGAACCGUAUUUGUUUAAACGCAUUCUUAGAGAGCUUUUAAAUGCAAGAACCACGUGCACUUUGUUGUGUAAGUAGAUUGUGACUAUUUAGUCAUGAAAUUAAAGUAGUUGACAUAAUCAUCGAGGAUAAGGCUCUAUUUAAUGGACGAAAUGUUCUAUUUAUGUUCCAAGCUUGCAUUUGGUAGUCGGGGAUAUCAUUUGCAUAUUUUCUGCUGUUAGAAGGAACUCAAAAUGGGAAUAGCUUCAAGAUUGGAUUGCACCAGUACCAACUUAGAUAUUAAAUGGUCCUUUGAAUGAAUUCUGGACAACCACCCAUCAUUUUAUCUGAGAUUAAAGAUUGGCGUAUAUGAUCGUGAUCGAACUAGACUGAUGUGUGGUACACGAAUCUGGUUCUACCUGUAACAUUUUUGAGGAGAUUGGACUUGAUUCCCUUCUAAAUACCUUUUUCUUUUCCGAUGAAAUCUCGAUUCUGGGGUGGAUGAUCUGACCUGGGGCCAGAAUCAAGUGUUCGACAAGUCUUGCUUCAAUUAGAUGCAUUAUCAGAGCGUCUUGACUGACUCCAGCUGGUCCAAAAUGUCGUAAAAGGAUAAUAAUUUGCGUUUUGGAAUUCAUACACUUCAUCAUUUAGUUGACCUUUACUUGUUCUUCGAGUGUAUGUGAAGUGCAAGGUUCUUCUUCGAGGAUUUGUUUUCUUCAUUCACUUGUAACGGAUGCAUAGUGAUCGAGAAUCAAAAAAAUCGAAUUUGUUAGCAAACAGUAUCAUCAUAGAAAGUUUUGCAUUUAUAUUCUAUGCCAUGUGUCUGACCGUGGUCUACUUUGUUGAAUGAUUGGUGGCAUUUACUUUUUCGUCAGUGAGGGGUCAAAACACAUAUAAUACCAUGUUUCUUGACAUUUUGGAAUACAUUACAGUUGACUGUGGCGUGUGAGAUGAUCUUUCCCGAAUGUCUAUCGGAUGGCCUUCGGAUCUGCCUUUUGUCUUCUCAUGGCGAUUGUUGGAACCAUAACCGGAACUGCAUGGCCAUGGAUAAAGAUCUCUCUGCUUUCCGUAGUAGACAUUUCCGACCCAGUGAUAUCACAUCUCAUCUGCAUGGUUUUGUAACAACAUGUUCUGUUCGUAGUUGGAGAAGCAAGUCAACCCUCUGGCCCAACCCAUCUUCUAGUCGAUUUGCAAAGAAUGAAUGACCACAUACCAAAGUUCACUAUGCUCAUUAAAUUUAUUAUCUGAUAAUCCAAUCUCAGAUUCACCUAACUAUGCCUGAUUCUAUCAAAGUUAGCUACUUUCGGUAAUGCUUGGUUUCAUUUAUCGCGAAGAUCACAUCGCACUGAUAUUAUUCUGAUGCUUCUUGUGCAGGCGAUGGAGCGGGGCUACGAUCUGAAGGUGAAUGAAACAGUGAACGUCGUCACCACGAAGACAACUGAGAUCGGCCAGAAGACCUGGGGACUCAUGAAGGGGGUCAUGGCCAUCGCCACGCAGAAGGUCGAGGAGUUCGCGAAGGAAGGCUCGGUCAGCUGGCAGCAGCCCGAGAGCGAAAGGAAUGGACUCCGCGCAGAUAACAAUGGGUACAAAUCCUCCGGGGAUCACUCGUCUUCCAGAAAUCACAGCAGUUCUACAGGUUCUUGGGACGAUUGGGGCCAGGAGGAGGCCAAGAAGGCAGACCCCGCGAGGGGCGGAGGAGGGCAGGCUGCGGAUGGCUGGGGAGGGUGGGACGACAACAAAGAUGACGACGACGAUGAUGACAACAGCUACUACCAGAGAUCCAGCGCCAUUCAGAGUGGAAGAUCUGCUUCAACAUGGUCAGAGGGUGGCUUCCGGUAA